CAGAAACAUUAUUUAAACUAUUAAAAAGUUAAUAUACCUUAAGCAAUUACUUUAAUGAGGAAACUAAAUUAAAAAGUAGAAAACUUUUAAGAUCAUUAAAAUAAAAAUGAAAUAAAUUAAGAGUUCAGAAGCAAAAAUAUUUCUAAAGAUGAUUAAAAUAUUUUCAAAGAUAGUUUAUAAGAGUAUUAAUCAAUAAUAGAAUUCAAUAAUAUCAUGAGAGAAAAAUAGUUUGUUUUAGAUGGGACAAAAAAAGAUUUUGAAUUACCUAAGUACGAUAUGUUAAAGGAUAGGUAUUUAUCGCACUAUUUUAUUAGUGAUUAAAGGAGUAAUUAGCUUGUUUAAUCAGGUUUACUUAAAAGCCACCAUACAGUUGAGUAAUAAGCAAGGCAGUAAUUACAUAAUGAAAAUAGGAUUGCUUAAAGUAAAUUUAAUUGUUUAAGUAGUUCUUAACAGCUAAGUAAAGAAUGCAAAGUUUAUAUAGACAAAUAUUUAAAAAACCCUUUAAGCAAUAAAGGAUAAAAUGUAAAAAACUUAAAAAUAGAAACAAACUAAGAUUAGAAUGCAUUACCGAUAAUAUUACCGAAUAGUUCUGUUUAAUCUGCGAAUAAUUACAGCUAUGCAUAAAAAAGAAAUUAGAUAAUAAGUUUAAGAUUUAAGCAAAGUUAAAGAAAUGAAACUAAAAGUAUAUUAAAUAGCAGCAAACCUAAUAGUAAAACUCUAAGUAAGUAAUCUAGCUCUAAAAAUUUUUUUUAAAUAUCUCCGAUACCUAAAUAAAAAGGUAGUGGAGCUUAAGAAGAAAAAAGACCUUUUAGCAAAACAUAUAUCGAUGAUUCUCAAUUGAAAGAAGUUACAGAUUCAAAGGAAAUUAAAUAAGAUAGCAUUUAAGAAAAUUAUUAAAAAUCAAUAAUCAUUAGCAACAACAAUAAUAAUAACAAUGAGCUGGUUGAUUUACCAGAAAAUUCAAACAAAUUAUAAUAAUAAAAGUAGGAAAAUCAUAAAAAUAAAUAACUUUUUGAAAAAAGUUCAUCUUAAAAUGAUAAAUUUAAGUAAAAAUAUAUGCAUCAUAGAAAAUUUAUUCUUAAACCAAUUUAGUAAAGAGCUGGUGUUUAGCAGGUAGAAAACUAAAAAAUUCAAGAUUAAAAUUAAGAAAAAAAUAAUGAAAAAUAAAUAUUUUAUAAUUAAAAUGAAUUGAAGCUGACUGAAUAGCAGCAUGUUAAAGUAGUUGAGAUUUAUAAUAAAGAUUACUUAAAAAAGUAAAAGAAAAUUUCUUAAUAGAGCAUAUAGAGGCUUUAUACUUCAAAUUAACCAAAGAAGGAAAGGAUGAAAGAAAAUAAUGUGAUUUAAACGCUUUCAAAAACUGAAUUUUUAGAAUUCCUCAAAUAAAAUAAUGAAAAAAUAAGGUAACGAAACAAAGAAGCCGCAUCAAAAAUAGGGUCUAGAAAAUUCCUAAAAUCAGAAGAAGACUUAGAUAAAAAAAGUUUGAGAUUAAAUUCAAAAGGAAAUAUUUCAUAAAUAUCUUCGUGUCAACAAAUUAAGAUAGAACCUCAGCCAACAUAAACAAAUAUUUCAUGA